AUGAUCUCCAAAUCCCCACCGGCGCACGAGCGAUGGCAGGAGCCGAUAGGAAGAUACAUACAAGCAGCGCAGAGGCUAGAGCCAAAAAUCGAUGGCGACGUCUUUACGCUAUACGCUGCACGGCAUAGUGAGCCCAAAUUUGCACUACAAGCACACAUUCAAGUGCGGCAAAUGCUUUCGUCGCUUUCCGCUGCUCCAUCGUGGUGGUUUGAGGCGGUUUGCGCUUCCGGAGGCCUGAAACAACAACAACAACAACAACAACAAGCGUACCUGUCUAGACACUCGAUCGGGCAGGGCUUGCUAUCUUGA